UGGGCAGAGAAAUCUUACGUCCGUUUGUCCGGACCGGAGGGGCAGUGGGCGCCAUCUUCUUCUAGGCUCACUGAGGGCUCUACGUGUUCUGGGGAGGCUGCUGCGACGAGGAGUGCCCUCAGCCUCCGGCCUUUGUGUGUCCGACUCGGCAGCAGUGCUUCCAUGUGGUGGUGUAUGUGCGCUUCCCAGGGAUCUUGAGAGUGAAGAUCUCGAAGGAUUUCAUAGGUAUUUUUUUUCUUUGCUAUGUCAUCGUAGUUUGUAGUGGCAGAAAAGCGCUGCAGGCCUGGCUCGUUAGGCUUGAGAAGGGCAAGUGUUUUCAGUUAGAUUUGGGGGCAAUUCACCCACUGGCGAGUUAGGGUGGAAUGUUUGCCCUUGAGACGGCGUGACGGAAAGGCACAGAGGUUGGGCGGUCCAGGUUAAUUUGAAGGCUGAUUUUGGCUGAAAGUCUGGCAACAACAUCGGAUCCCACGUAGCAACUUUGGCCUGGCGCGAAAGAAGGAAGCUCUGACCCCUGGGAGUUGUGGACAAAGGCUUUGGGCUGUAGAAUGGAUGCCUUCGGAUGAUUCCCGUUUGAGGAUGUUGGGAGAAAUCCUGUGCCGUGUGGAUUCGUCUUCAUUUACAGUUCUUCUUAGGGACUAUGGCUCUCAUUGGUCAUUCCUUUGGUUUUUAUUUUAAACAUCUACAUUAUAAAAGGUGGAUCAUCAUAAAGAAUAAUUGUGGGUUGGUGUAGAUUAUUUUCUCCAGGGGAAACUCACGUUUAGAGUGUGAAUAUGCUACAUCAUGACUUUGGGCUUUACGAAUUAGUCGCAAAGAGUUAAAAAAAAUUCUCUCUCUCACCAUAUCUGGAAAGUGACUUUUUCUUCGCUAGUUAAAAAUCAAAUGGAUCUAAUGAGAUAUUACUUAUUCAAAUUCUGCCUCCCUCCCGUUUCCCUCUCCGUAUCCCGUUAAAUCUUGAUUAGAAGAUACACAUUACAUAUUGUUUAGCUAUAAUGGUGAUUAAGUGGGAUGAAUCGUUGUAUAAAAAUAGAAGUUAUUUAAAAUGCGCUUUAAUUCACUGACUUAAGUGACCUUUUAGGGACCUACUUUCUUAUUUUCAUAGAAAUUUUAACAGAUUAUUGUCUUCAAAUGAACACAAAGGCACAAUAAUACUUUUUGCAUUCAUAACUAGAAAAAUGCAAAAUUUUAAUUGCAGACUAGGGUAAUUUUCGUGUUUUGCUUUUGUGUAAUUUAGUGUGUUAAGAGCUGAAUUUCUGGAGAAUUUGCUUAAAGAAAUAGCAUGUUGGAACCACAGAAGUGCCCAUUUUGAGAGCUGGUCUUUUAUAGUUGGUCUCCAAGGUGUGUUACUGUGGAGGCAUAAAUGGUACAUUACCCUACUGUCUCAAGGGCAGAGAGGUUUAAGCAUUAGUUGUGUUUAACUGUGGCAAAUGAGAGUAAGCUUUUUAAAUAGUCUGCUUGAAUUGGAAUUCAUGAGAUUUGUGCUCAUGAAACUACUUAGUUAAAAGAUCUUACUAGAGAUUUUUUUGAAUUUGAAAUAUAAUUAUUCCUUGAAAUGUCUCUAAUUUCUCUUGUAGAUGAAUUUAUGUUCCCAGGGUAAAUCCCUUUAAAUUUUUAAAAAAAGCUUAGGAGAGACAAGAAUAUGUAUAUCUUACAGUGCUUUCUAAAAUACCUUAACAGUAAAAGAGUAGCUAAGCCAAUUUGCAUAGGAAGGAGUCUUGGGACUUUAAUAUGGAUAAGCAUUCCAGAAGCCAUUUAUAGUUUUUGUUGAAGUGUUUGUAUGGAUAUUGGUUUGUUGAAGAAAAUAGGCUUUUUUUUUUUUUUUGGUUGUCAUUGUGCAAAUACUUGAAUAGCAAACCUCAUUAAUAUUUUUCAGAUGUAGAAUGUGCGAAGUAAUUUGAUGUCUUUGCUAGUUUAGCUUCUAGUUAAUCUAUGGACCCUUUUUAAAGGAAAACAAACAGACCUCAGUGAAUAUAUCUUCAGACCCCCACUUUGGGGAACAGUGGUACUUAAGUUUAAGUUGCUUUUACAGAAUUAACAGGUCUCCAAGAAAUUGUAAAAAAGGUCAUUAUUGCUGUGGUUUGAACUCAGCAUGGCUGUAGUCAUCCGUUUACUGGGGCUUCCUUUUAUUGCGGGGCCUGUGGAUAUUCGUCACUUCUUCACGGGAUUGACUAUUCCUGAUGGAGGAGUGCAUAUAAUUGGAGGGGAAAUUGGGGAGGCUUUUAUUAUUUUUGCAACAGAUGAAGAUGCAAGACGUGCCAUAAGUCGUUCAGGAGGGUUUAUCAAGGAUUCAUCUGUAGAGCUCUUUCUUAGUAGCAAGGCAGAAAUGCAGAAGACUAUAGAAAUGAAAAGGACUGAUCGUGUAGGAAGAGGGCGUCCAGGAUCUGGGACUUCAGGGGUUGGCAGCCUGUCUAAUUUUAUUGAGUCUGUUAAGGAAGAAGCAAGUAAUUCUGGAUAUGGCUCUUCAAUUAAUCAAGAUGCUGGGUUUCAUACUAAUGGUACAGGACAUGGUAAUUUAAGGCCGAGAAAGACAAGGCCAUUGAAGGCCGAGAAUCCUUUCUUGUUUCUACGAGGUUUGCCUUACCUAGUAAAUGAAGAUGAUGUACGUGUCUUUUUCUCUGGUUUGUGCGUGGAUGGAGUAAUUUUCUUAAAACAUCAUGAUGGCCGAAAUAAUGGUGAUGCCAUAGUAAAAUUUGCUUCAUGUGUUGAUGCUUCAGGAGGUCUUAAAUGUCAUAGAAGUUUCAUGGGUUCAAGAUUUAUAGAAGUAAUGCAAGGAUCAGAACAACAGUGGAUUGAGUUUGGUGGUAAUGCAGUUAAGGAGGGUGACGUUCUUAGGAGAUCUGAAGAACAUUCUCCACCAAGAGGAAUUAAUGAUAGACAUUUUCGAAAACGGUCUCAUUCAAAAUCUCCCAGAAGAACACGUUCUCGUUCCCCUCUUGGAUUUUAUGUUCACCUAAAAAAUCUGUCCCUCAGUAUUGAUGAAAGAGAUUUAAGAAAUUUCUUUAGAGGUACUGAUCUGACUGAUGAACAGAUUAGGUUUUUAUAUAAAGAUGAAAACAGAACAAGAUAUGCCUUUGUCAUGUUCAAGACUCUGAAAGACUAUAAUACUGCUCUGAGUUUACAUAAAACUGUUUUACAGUAUCGUCCAGUUCAUAUUGAUCCAAUUUCUAGAAAACAAAUGUUGAAGUUCAUUGCACGUUAUGAAAAGAAGAGAUCAGGGUCAGUAGAGAGAGAGAGGCCUGGACAUGUUUCACAAAAAUACUCUCAAGAAGGUAACUCUGGCCAAAAGCUGUGCAUCUAUAUAAGAAAUUUUCCAUUUGAUGUUACAAAAGUUGAAGUGCAGAAGUUCUUUGCAGACUUUCUUCUUGCUGAGGAUGACAUUUACUUGCUUUAUGAUGACAAAGGUGUUGGUCUGGGAGAAGCAUUAGUGAAAUUUAAAUCAGAAGAACAGGCCAUGAAAGCUGAACGUUUAAACCGACGAAGAUUCUUAGGGACAGAGGUAUUAUUAAGACUUAUAUCGGAGGCACAAAUGCAGGAGUUUGGUGUAAAUUUUUCCUUGAUGUCCAGUGAAAAAAUGCAAGCUCGCUCAGAGUCACAUGAGCGAGGUGACCAUUCUCAUUUAUUUGACUCAAAAGACCCACCAAUAUACUCAGUUGGUGCUUUUGAAAACUUUAGACAUCAGCUAGAGGACUUGAGGCAACUGGAUAACUUCAAGCAUCCCCAGAGGGAUUUCCGGCAGCCUGACAGGCACCCUCCAGAAGACUUCCGACACUCCUCAGAGGACUUUAGGUUCCCCCCAGAGGAUUUCAGGCACUCCCCAGAGGACUUCAGGCGACCUCGGGAGGAAGACUUCAGGCGGCCUUCUGAGGAGGACUUCAGGCGUCCUUGGGAGGAAGACUUCAGGCACCCUAGGGAGGAGGACUGGAGGAGGCCCCUUGAGGAGGAUUGGAGGCGGCCACCGGAGGAGGAUUUCAGGCGGUCUCCCACGGAGGACUUCAGGCAGCUCCCGGAGGAGGACUUCAGGCAACCCCCUGAGGAGGACUUCAGGUGGCUCCCAGAGGAAGAUUUCAGGCAGCCACCUGAGGAGGACUGGAGACGGCCCCCAGAGGAGGACUUUAGGCGGCCUCUUCAGGGAGAAUGGAGGCGACCACCCGAGGAUGACUUCAGGCGGCCCCCAGAGGAGGAUUUCAGGCAUUCCCCUGAGGAAGACUUCAGGCAGUCACCCCAGGAGCAUUUCCGGAGGCCACCUCAGGAGCAUUUCCGUCGGCCACCCCCAGAACAUUUCCGGAGACCACCUCCAGAGCAUUUUAGGCGGCCUCCCCCAGAGCACUUCCGGCGGCCACCCCCAGAGCAUUUCAGGCGCCCACCCCCAGAACAUUUCAGGCGCCCACCCCCAGAGCACUUCCGGAGACCGCCCCAGGAGCAUUUCAGGCGGCCGCCUCAGGAGCAUUUCAGGCGCUCCCGAGAGGAAGAUUUCAGGCACCCACCAGAUGAAGACUUCAGGGGCCCUCCUGAUGAAGACUUUAGGCACCUUCCUGAUGAGGACUUCAGGAGCCCCCAGGAGGAAGAUUUUAGAUGCCCUUCUGAUGAGGACUUCAGGCAGCUCCCAGAGGAAGACCUUAGGGAAGCUCCGGAGGAGGACCCUAGACUUCCUGACAAUUUUAGACCACCUGGUGAGGAUUUUAGGAGCCCGCCUGAUGAUUUUAGAAGUCACCGCCCUUUUGUGAAUUUUGGUCGUCCAGAAGGUGGCAAGUUUGAUUUUGGAAAGCAUAAUAUGGGAAGUUUUCCUGAGGGGAGAUUUAUGCCUGAUCCAAAGAUAAAUUGUGGUUCAGGUAGAGUAACUCCUAUUAAAAUAAUGAAUCUUCCAUUUAAAGCUAAUGUUAAUGAAAUUUUAGACUUUUUCCAUGGUUACAGAAUCAUACCUGAUUCAGUUUCAAUACAGUAUAAUGAGCAAGGCUUACCUACAGGGGAAGCCAUUGUUGCUAUGAUAAACUAUAACGAAGCUAUGGCUGCUAUUAAAGAUCUGAAUGAUAGGCCAGUUGGGCCCCGAAAAGUUAAGUUAACUUUGCUGUAGAGAGAGAGCAUUUCUAAAUUCAGUUAUCCUCCUUGCAGUAUUGAUGGAGUAAAAUACAUUUGUUUUAAAAAGUGUUUUUUUUUAAAUUAUCUAAUGAAAUAUUUUAUUUUUGACCUGUGAAUAGAACAAAUGUAAAUAGUAGAAUGUGAAUCUGGUUUUCUUUUGCUUGCAAAUUGCCAUUAAUUUUUUUUCUAAUUUAAAAUUACAUAUGCUGUUUUUUUCUUUGAUGGGGAGAAAGAACUAAUUCCCUGAGUUCAUUCAUUUUUGUUGAUGUCAUGGGUAAGCUUCAAGACUUAUUGAAGUUGAGUUGUAUUUGGGGAAGAUACAUUUUAUAUUCACUUUUUUUUUUUUUUUUUUUUCAUUCUGUAGUCUACAUCGUUUACUCAAACUGUAUAAGGAAAUAGUGACUGUUCAGGUUUGGCAUUUUCAUUGCUACUUGCCUGCAGAAUUAAUGCCCUCUUCCUUGUCUGAGAUAUUACUGUGUUAAGUGUCCUGUUAAUUAUAAAUAGUUCAAAAUGGACAGACUGUCAACUUGAAAUUUACUUAUGUAAAAAGCUUAGGUGAUUCUUAGGGUUUCCAUGUUCAUAACUUUACAAAGUUUUAUAACAAUAAAAUUGCAACUUAAUAGAACAACUAAUUAACUUGUAUUUGUAUAAAAAAAAAAGAAUUGCAGCUUGAUACUGUGAAGUUUUUCAGUAACUUCAUUAAACUAUAUUUAUGAUGGGAGGGACCAGACAUUCUAUAGUAAUAAUGUAUAGUGCUGUGUAUAAUUCCAUGGUUUCUUCAACAUCUUAUCAACCAAAUAAGAUUAAUACAACAUACGCAAAAGACAGUAAAAUAAGAAUCUAAUUAUAGGUGCAAGAGGACUCAGGCUUAUGCUGGAAAGAAUCUGACAAAUGGUAUAGUUUUCCUAGGAAGAAUUUACUGAUGAGUCACAUAACUUGCAUGUAAUGUUAGGUUCUCAUUUUUUAGCUUCAAAACUUUGUGUCCAUGCAAAGACUCCAUAACUGUUAAGACUUGUGUGGUUGUAUUUUGACUUCUUUGAUAUUCAGCAUUUAGUGCGUACAUUUUUGCAAAUAGGGAAUUUGAUUUUCUGUACCCAUAAUAAUAUUUAUGGCUAACAUUUAUUAGGCACUUAUUAUGUGCUAGGCACUGUAAGCACUUUACAUGCAUAAUCUCAGUAUUCCCUAUGAGUACAGGGUUAAUUAUUUACCUCUAUUUCACAAAUGAGAUAAUGAAGUGGGAGGUUAAGCAACUUGCUUGAAGUCACAGGUAAAUCAUGGGGCCAGUUUUAACCCAGACAGACCACUGACUCCAGUUCAUGCUUUUGCUGCCUCACUUUUUUAAGUAGUAUUUUAAAUUAGGAAGACCAUGCUAAAGAUACUUUCAAGGAUAAGUGAUAUAUUUUCUCACUUCGGUUGUUGGUUUAAAAUUAGCAUAAAAAGGUAAAACCAGCAUGCUCAAACAUUAAGCUCAAACAUUAACAUUAUUAAUAAAAAAAACCCGAGUGACUUUAAAAGUUUCUUUCUAUCCAGGAUUUCUCUUGGGAUACUCACAUUGUAUAUUACUGGCUUAUAUUUCAUAAUUGUUCAUUUUAUUCAACAUGAUUGACUCUGGUUGGCCUUUUAUAAUUUUCAUAAAACAUAAUUUUCCUCAGUUCUGUAAUCCAGAUUUUCCCCAUUGAGUAAAUAAGAAUACAAUUGAAUUUGCAUAGGGUAAUUUAGACAUUUAAUAGGAUAUUGCAUAGGUAGAAUACUUUGUCAGUACUUAGUUACUACCUAUAUGUAUUUUUGUGUUACUUUUCAGUGAUUUAAAGAAAUCUAACAAAUCUGCUUAAAUUUGUUUUGAAUAGUGAAUAUCCUGCUCACUAUGGAAUGAAUAAAGGUAAAUUUGAUACAAAAAAGCACCGCAGUAUGAUUCUUUAAGCUUGUAAGUAGCUAGGAUAACGUUACAUUGUUUGGAAUAUCCAAACCAAGCACAAUAAAGAAAGUAGAAAGAAAUAUUUUUAAUUGAGCAGAGAUUGUAUAGAUGGUUCAUUUGGUCACCCAUCUUGAAUAUAUGGAAAGUUAAAAAAUACUUCUCAAAUACAAAGGAAUAAAGCUAAGAUGAAGCUUAACGUGAGGGAUUACUUACUGUGGAAUUGCUUUUCAAACUAGGCUGAGGUGGGAUGGUGGUGGUAGAUAAGAGGCCAGCUAUAGUAAACAUAAGCUUUGUAGUUUUAUUAUUUUAAGAGCCAGAGUCUUGUUCUGUUGGCCAGGCUGGAGUGCAGUGGUCUGAUAAUGGUUCACUGCAGCUUCCAACUCCUGGGCUCAAGCUGUCUUCCUGCCUCAGCCUCCUGAGAGCUGGGACUACAGGUGUGUGCCAUCUUGUCUGGCUAACUUUUUUAUUAUUUGUAGAGACAGGGUCUCACUGUGUUGCCCAGGCUGUUCUCAAAUUUCUGGUCUCCUGGUCUCAAGUAAUCCAUCCUCCUUGGUCUCCCAGAAUGUGUUGGGAUUACAGGUGUGAGCCAUUAUGCCCAGCCUUGUAUUUUGAUUUUUAAAUUGUGUGAAUAUUUCAUUUUACUCCAUAUCAGGGCUUAAUAUUUUUAAACUUCAUUGUAAAACGUUUAUUACAGAAGUGAUGUCUUCUAGUUGGGAGCCAUCUUUGCACAUCUCUCUCCAACUCUGCCUUUAGUGAUAUGUCAAUAACAAAUUGGCCAUGACAGGAGUAUUUUACACCAUGGAAAUUGAUAAAUGCAGCAAAUCAAGGAAUUCCCCUUCCGUUGUCCCCUCAGAGAGCCAGCUUCCCAGCACCUCAUCAAUUUCAGUUAUAAAAAAAGAAUAGUAAAUUUUCAUGUACACAUCACUCAGCUUCAGUAAUUGUCAUCUCAUAGCCAGUUUUUCCUCUCCUGUCCUCAAGGUAUACCAGGUACACUGGAGGUGUGUUCUCUAGUCUGAUAUCCAGUGGCAUUUGUCUUAAACAUUUUUGUCUAGAAAGUAUCUAAAAAAAUGUAGAUCAUGUCUAGAAAGUCAAUCCCACAACCAAGAGAUAGGUAAAAAUCAUAUUAGGAAUGCAUUUCUAUUAAUUUACUGACAUCACUGUUAAGAGCAGUGGUUCUUGAUCCAUAUAUCACCUGUUAAGUAGUGACCUUGCUGCCUCUGUUUUUGCAGUAAAUAGCUGUUGUUUAUUGAGGUGUAUUAGAUACUAUAUGAUGUAUAAUUAUGUAUGAAUUAACUAUCAUUUAAUUCUGAUAAUCCUAGUAAAUGUACUACAGGUCGAGUAUUCCUGAUCUGGAAAUUUGAAAUUUCAAAUGCUCCGAAAAUUGCAAACUUUUUGAGUGCCAACAUGAUGCUCAAAGAAAAUGCUCAUUGCAGCAUUUAAGAUUUCAGAUUUUUGGGUUAGGAAUGUUGAACUGGUAUAAUGCAAAUACUCCAAAAUCUGAAGAAAUCCAAAGUCUUAAAUACUUCUGGUCCCAAGCACUUCAGAUAAAGGAUACUCAAUUUGUAUUCCUAUUUUGGAGAUAAGAGAUGGAGACUUACAGGCUGGGUUGGUUGCCUGUUUUUUGUUGUUGUUGCAGUGGGAAGCUAGGAAUGGUUUUUUACAUUUUUAAGUGUACUUAAGUCUUAAAUGGUUACAUAAGUACCCGUAUAAUAGUCUUGAAUUUGCCUCAACCUACAAAGAGUAAAAAUGUUUACUAUCUGGCCCUUUAAGAAGUUUGCCAACCUAGGUCUGGUCUAAAUAAUGAAAAUUUUACAUUAAUGAAAGUAUUUUCACGGAUAGUAUUCCUUUUGUUCUUAGAAUAUUUCUUUGAGGUAGGCAGAAUGUAUGUUUUAUUCUAGAAUUAUUGUUUUAUGCAGUUUUAACUUUACAAAUAAGGCAAAUAAUGCUCAAGAGAAGUUGCUGUUUAGUAAACAGCAAAAUAAAUAUAGUAACUGUUUUCCCCCCGAACUACAACCAAAUUUAAAUAGUGAGGGAGCAGUAAAUAUCCAAUGAUAAUCUUGAGUUUCUUAAUAUCAAUUUAUUUAGGGUUUUAAAAUGUUUUAAAUAUUUUACAAAAAAGUACUGAAAUAACUUUGUCACUUAGGACUAUUCUCAGGAAGGAGUGCUUUGUUAAGAGCCAUGAAUGACAAAGUCAAAAGCUUUCUAGAAAUCUUUAUUUUUCUGUUAUGAAUAAUUGCAUUUUCUAAUUAUCCCAAAUGAUUUUAUAAAUUCCCUAACUUUUAUAUGCCUGCCUGGGAUCCAUGAAAUAAAAGUAUAAAUCCUUACCAAAAGAGAAGCAUCAGAGACACUGAAAGGCUCCAACUGUUUUAUAUUUUCAGAAAUAAAAGUGAUUGUAUACCCUUUUAUUAACUGCAUGGUAGCUUGGUAAAAUUUUUAUAGAAUUUUUGAUGAUUUAUGGUGUUCUGUGAUGAGGCAACAUUCCACUAAAUUAGCCUUCCAAAAGUUGCAGUAUCAUGUAUAAGUAUGACAGCAGUUUUGUUUUAAAACCAGAGUCAGAUUGAAUGUGGCUUUUUUUACAGCUGAAAUUUAUGCCUUAUGUGUAUUCAUAAAACACUGAUAUCUUAGUGUCACAUUAUCUUUACUCUUUGAUUAUACUCUUGAAAAGUAAAUUUACUUAUCAAAUGAUAAAGUUUUAAGGGAAAGUAAAAAAAAAUAUUUUUUCUUAAGGCUUCAUGGAAUAGAAUUACAUGUAAUCAGAAUGACUACAUAGGACCCUUUUCUGGUAAUGAAAGCAUGGAGUCUUAACCCAAAAAGCUAAGCAGAAUUGUUAGAUCUUUUGGUUUCUGUCAUAAUGUACUAUUGGAACUUCAAGUAGAUAUAGUACAUUCAUAUGAAAUACUUUGAAAUACAGCAUCUUUGAAAAAAAGAGGUACUUACACAAAAAUCACCUAACACUAGGUAGGAUGUUGAAAUGACUGGUAUGUAAUUAUUUUUUAAAGCCUUCAUUUUUGGUUAACAUAAGUUUCCUUUAAUUGUUUUUCUGUUUCCAGUUGGACUUCACUUUGAGGCUUAACAUAUCAAAGUGAGUAUAAAGUUCUAUAGUUCAGUCAUUGUGGAUUCCAUGUCAUUUAUGAUGAAAAUGGAAAUGUGUAGUUUACUUAAGAAAAUUUUCUUCUUCUGUGACAUCUAACUCUUCAUCCUCAUCAUCAUCUGCUUGUUGAUCCUUUCUUAGUCGACAAGUGGAUACCUGUUAAAAGUCAACACACUUUUUAAAAUAAAAAUACUAACUUAAAAAAA